AUGAUGUACACAAAAUCAGAAUCUGAUAUUACUAGCCUAGCAACAUCAUCACCAAUAUCAUCACCUAAGCCACCUAGGCCGGUUUACUACGUUCAAAGUCCCUCACGUGAUUCACAAGAGGAGGACAAGUCAUCGACAACGGCCUCAGCCACCGCGACACAGGCGGCUAACACCCCCGUGGGGUACCGGAGCCCAUCGGAUGCAUUGUCAUUGCUUUCUAUAUUUAGUCGUCAGUCAAGGUCACCUGCCACGAGUCGUGUGAGUGGGAUACAAGGGCACCGGCGGAAGAGGAGGGAGAGGGAGAGGGAUAGGGUACGGUUGCUUUCGGGACGUCGACACGAGGCGGAGGUGAAGGGGGAGUUGUAUGUGAAUUGGUGGAGGGAUGAAGAGGGGGAAGAGUUGUCUAGGAGUUGUAAGGUUUUUAUGUGGAUGUUGUUUUUAGGGUUGCUUUUUAUGGUGGGGUGUUUUAUUGUUUGGGGUGCAAGCAGGCCUUUUAGUGCACAAGUUUUUCUCAAGGAUGUGACUGUACAUAAUUUCUAUUUUGGGGAAGGAUCAGAUUUUACAGGAGUACCAAGCAAGAUAUUGACAAUAAAUUGUUCGUUGAGAAUGAGAGUGCAUAAUCCUGCUACGUUUUUUGGCAUUCAUGUUAGCUGCUCAACUAUCAACCUUCGUUAUUAUGAUCUCACUAUUGCUUCCGGUCAGUUGGAUCCAUACUAUCAACCUAAACAAAGCUGGCGGACAGUGCAUGUAAAUGUCGAAGGAAGGAAGGUUCCGUUGUAUGGGGCUGGUGCUGGUUUUGUGGUCUCCGAUAAGGCUGAAGGUGUUCCAUUGAUAUUGGACUUUGACAUCAGGUCGAAAGGAGAGGUGGUGGGCAAGUUGGUGAAGACGAAGCAUCAACGACAUGUUAGGUGUUCUUUGAACAUCAGCUCUCAAAACACCCGGAUUGUUAGACUUGCAGAACAUGCUUGUAUAGAGCGAUGA